UCCACAUCACAAUAGCGUGAGUGCUGAGUGACGCGGACGGGACCGGGACCGGGACCCUGACGCAGCCCGUCCAGCUCCGAACAGUCCAGGCUGGACUCCGGCUCUUCGCUGUAUUAAUUAAUUCAGGGCAAGUCUCGCGGUGUUACCUCUCAGACAUCUUGCAUUUUUCAGUCUGAGAAAGAAAGAGGCGAUUUAUCGCGCAGUCCGUCCGAAACGGGUCGCUGCUCGGUCCGGAGGAGCUCCGCGCUUCGAAGUGCCGAUCGCUUGCCUGCCCUCGCCGUGUCGAACCCGGCGGCGGCUCGCCUUUCCCGGGCAGUCCCGAGUCCUGCGUCAUCAUCUUUUCUGCAUUUUCGCCUUUUUCUCCCCAAUCCAAGACGACAUGGCAACACCCGCCGCUGUUAAUCCGUCGGAGAUGGCCACGGACCUCCCUGGACCCGUGACGAUGCCGGGCACUGUGGUGGGGGCAGGGCAGGUACGGAUGGCUGGUUCGAUGCCCGGCCGGGGCGGCAAGAGGAGAUCUGGAGGAAUGGACUUUGACGAUGAAGACGGGGAGGGACCCAGCAAAUUCUCAAGGUAUGAUGAUGACGAUCAAAUCCCAGGUGAUAAGGAAAGAUUUGCCAGGGAGAACCACAGUGAGAUCGAGAGACGCCGGCGGAAUAAGAUGACACAGUACAUCACGGAGCUGUCGGACAUGGUGCCCACCUGCAGCGCGCUGGCCCGCAAACCCGACAAGCUGACCAUCCUGCGCAUGGCCGUCUCGCACAUGAAGUCCAUGCGGGGCACAGGAAACACCUCCACUGAUGGAGCCUACAAGCCGUCCUUCCUCACUGAGCAGGAGCUGAAGCACCUGAUCCUGGAGGCCGCGGACGGCUUCCUGUUCGUGGUGGCUGCCGAUACGGGUCGCGUGAUCUACGUGUCGGACUCGGUGACGCCGGUCCUGAACCAGCCUCAGUCCGAGUGGUUCGGAAGCACCUUGUAUGAGCACGUGCACCCGGACGACGUGGACAAGCUCAGGGAGCAGCUCAGCACCUCUGAGAACUCUAUGACAGGGCGCAUCCUGGACCUGAAGACCGGCACGGUGAAGAAGGAAGGCCAGCAGUCCUCCAUGCGGAUGUGCAUGGGGUCCCGGCGCUCCUUCAUCUGCCGCAUGAGGUGUGGGAAUUCCCCCUUAGACCACAUCUCCCUAAACCGUCUGUCCAACAUGAGGAAGAGGUACCGGAAUGGCUUGGGACCAUCGAAGGAGGGAGAAGCUCAAUACUCAGUGGUGCACUGCACGGGGUACAUCAAGGCCUGGCCCCCCGCAGGAAUGACCAUUCCCGACGAGGACGCAGAGGCCGGACAGAGCAGCAAGUACUGCCUUGUCGCUAUCGGGAGGCUGCAGGUCACCAGCUCGCCGGUUUCCAUGGAUAUGAACGGCCUGUCUGUGCCCACCGAGUUCCUGUCGCGCCACAACUCGGACGGCAUCGUCACCUUCGUGGACCCGCGUUGCAUCAAUGUAAUCGGAUACCAGCCCCAGGACCUUUUAGGGAAGGACAUUCUGGAAUUCUGCCACCCAGAGGACCAGAGUCAUCUACGAGAGAGCUUCCAGCAGGUGGUGAAGCUGAAAGGCCAGGUUCUCUCUGUGAUGUAUCGCUUCCGCAUCAAGACCCGCGAGUGGAUGCUCAUCAGGACCAGCAGCUUCACUUUCCAGAACCCCUACUCGGAUGAGAUCGAGUACAUCAUCUGCACCAACACUAACGUCAAGCAGCUGCAGCAACAGCAGCAGGCCGAGCUGGAGGUGCACCAGAGGGACGGUCUGUCUGCCUACGACCUCACCCAGGUCCCCGUCGCCAAUGUCCCCACCGGAGUCCAUGACGGGGGAAAGGCCAUCGACAAAACGGAAGCGAUUUUCUCCCAGGAGAGGGACCCCCGCUUCUCGGACAUGUACGGCGGCAUCUCUGGGGCCGAUAAGAAGAUGAUGGUGCCGUCAUCCACCACCGGGGGGCAGCAGCUGUACCCCCAGGGGAGCCCGUUUCAGCCGGGGCAUGCUGGGAAGGGCUUCAGUUCCUCUGUGAUUCAUGUUCCUGGAGUGAAUGACAUUCAGCCCUCGUCCUCCGCGGGCCAGAACUUGGCCCAGAUCUCGCGGCAGCUCAACGCCGGCCAGGUGGCGUGGACCGGAAGCCGCCCCCCUUUUUCUGGGCAGCAAAUCGCCUCCCAGUCCAGCAAGGCCCAGUCCUCCCCGUUUGGCAUCGGGUCGGGCCACAGCUACCCAGCAGACCCAUCCUCCUACAGCCCACUCUCCAGUCCGGCCACCUCCUCCCCAAGCGGGAACGCCUACUCCAGCCUAGCCAAUCGCGGCACGGCCUUCGACGUUGCAGGCGAAGGGGGCCAGAGCGGGGGGCAGUUCCAGGGUCGGCCUUCUGAGGUUUGGUCACAGUGGCAGAACCAGCACCACGGCCAGCAGGGCGGCGAUCAGCACGGCCACACCCAGCCAGGGCAGACGGAGGUCUUUCAGGACAUGUUGCCCAUGGCGGGGGAUCCCACUCAGGGGACGGCCAACUACAAUAUCGAGGAUUUCGCCGACCUGGGAAUGUUCCCGCCGUUCUCCGAGUAACGGCCGCGUGCCAGAGAGAGGGACUCUCCCGGAAAGGACAACGUCCUCAUUCCAUCAAAGCAAUUGGCGCGGGACACCACAUGGAAUUGGGAAAGGUGGUCGACGGACACGCACACACACACACGCACGCACACACAGCAUGCUCACCGGCAGACUGCGCACGGUGCUGCACCACCGCGCCUCGUCACGCAGGGGGGGGCGGCGCGGCCCCAAGGAGCGUCGGACGAGGGCGUCGCCUCGCUCAGGCCGGCGUCCCGGAAGGGAAGCGGGACUCGCCUGCUCCGGGUUCGACUCCAGGAGGAUAUCAGCUCCUCGUCUUUUGAUUAUCUGACUUCCCGCGUGCCAAACUGUGACGUCACUCCUCUGCUGCUCCAUAUGAUGCUUUCAGCACAGAAAUAUCUGAUUAGUAGCACAUUCCUUAAUCUAGAUUGAUUAACACGGCUGUGGGAGCGUUAAUGUGCUGCACUAAAGUGUACCUUCUGUUUUAUCUUUUUUCAAAAACACCGUGAUGUUUCUGAAGCUUGGGGUGAAACAUUAAAUGUACAUCAUUAAGCUACUAUAACUUGUUUCGGGCCCCCUCGGGCAGGGGUGGGCGUGGGGUCGUGGCUAAGCGACGGACACACAGGGGGCCAGCAGCACGUGUGCUUCGGUACUCAGAGGGAGCGGGAGCGACUCCUGCCGACGGAGCGUUUUCACACAGGAGCUGGGUGAGUUGAACUCAGCUGAAACCCCUUCGAGGGCCGUGGGUCUUUGCAGCUUUUGUUAAAUGGAUGUUUUUGUAAAUAACGUGUGUGUUUUUUUUUUUCCCUCCAUCUUAAGUUUUCUUAUGUAUUGCAUCUAUACAUAUUUGUGUAGUUUUAAUAUCGUGUACAAUGUGUGUGUAUAUUUAACUAUUUGUCCUUAGGUAGUCUGGUAAUUGUAAAUUGAGGUUAGACUUGUAAAAACUGUGUAAAUGUGAUCCAUUAUUUUUGUGUAACUUUAUAAAAGGAAAUGUGCGUGUGACAAUAAAUUCCUACUGGUUUA